GGAGGAAGGUUACAUUCGUAUUGUAAUUUUAGAAUGUCAGGAAAACAUUAGCAUUCAGUAUAGAAAAACAGUGUUUUUGUAGAUCAACAUUAAACAAACAAAUGGGUUUUUAUUAGCUAGAAUAUGAUUAUGUUUCGCAGCCUAAAACAUGAUCAUUACAGAGGAAAAUGCUGCUUCCUGCACAUUUUCAUGCAUUUAGAAUUUGGUCUGUGUCUAACUGUAAGCCAACUGUACAAUUUAUGCUAAUAAAAAUACAUUCAUAAAAUAUAAUUAACUAGCUUUUGCAGUUACCUACGUUACUGCCCACUCCUUCUUUCAGACAGAGUAGGAAAGGCUAGCAAAACAAGUAAAAAAGAUUUGAGUUUAAAAAAAAUCCCAGUGUGUUCAGUUAAAUCGUGUACAGAUUUAGACACUCUAUUUGAUGACUAACAGGAUGUUUAAAAAAAAAAACAUUACAAAAGGAGCAGAAAUAAUGUGCUUCUCUCAGGCAAAGGAGAUUGCGCCAAAAAUACAUGAGACCAAGCUAUUUGGUGGCUUGUGUGAUUUUAAUUUGUCUUAGCUCUGUCUGAACUCUCUUACCCCUGUCAGCAGAACCAAACGUGUUGUGCUUUAACCAAGUGUCUGUUUAUAGAAAUAUAGCUUGAAGACAUCUUUCACUAGUCUCUCUUGAAAGGUACAGGAUGUGUAGGUCUGUUCAUCAUCCCAACAUGCUUUGCACAGAGCAGUCCUGGACUUUUCUCGUCUCCCUUGCGGAGGUCUUUUCUGUCACAUAGAACAUGUCCCUUAUACAUUUUCCCUCAAGCUCCUCUAGAAAGUACAUGUACAUGUAUUUUGAAGAUGUACAUUGUCUUCUUUGCAGUAAAUAGUCAACAAAAAGGAAAAUGUAUAGGAAAAUAUGGAAAGACAUUCCUGUAUGUAAAAGACAAUGAAUAGGCUCACGCUACAGUUUCUCUUGAGACCAGUCUAGAUAGUUUUCAUGUGUAAAAUAUUAUGCAUCAUGUACUUAUCUGUCCUCACUGGUAGCUUAAUCUAAACAUACACUUACAUAAUCACUCGUUACCUACAGUAUGUACCUGAGGUUCUGAUCUACUGUAUACUAAAGCUGUCGGUAGAGAAAAACUAACUCAUUGUAGCAUAUAUCUGCGGGCAGCAUGGAUGACAUCAUGGCACUUCUCCCAUGGAAAUAUACUGCCUCUGAAACAGUUCAUUAUUCCUCCUGUUCACUGUGACUGGGUCUUUCUCUUUCCUGGCACGCUUGGCAUGUUCAGUGAUAUGUAAAGGCUCUAAGUGUCUGAUGGAAGUCACUUCUUAUCUCCAGUGAGGGGCUGGGGAUGGGUCCACCUGAUGAGCUCUGCUGGUGGGGAACGGUGGAAUGGCUCUGAGGCUGCCUCCUCUCCACCUCUCUGCAUGACUUACCCCUCUGUUACGGAUCAGAGAAGACAAAACUUGAAGCAGAACAAAAAGAGCUGCUAUGAAAAUAACAUGAGGCUUAAUCAAUUCACUGAAAGUUGGCAGAAUGGAUUUCCAUUGCCAGUUUAUUUCACUCACUGAGAUUGACUGGAAAUACACCAACCCCUCAGCACCUCCCUGCCCUUUAAGAGUAGUCGGACUUGUUGAUUGGACAUUUACUCAAGCCACGAAGAGAGACCUGUAUGAAAUGAAUUCAGGCUGUCUCCAUGAUCAAGAAUCCUCGGAGAGUGUUGUGUUUCUGAAGGAUCUCCUCGCGUUUCAGGCUUCCGUGGCGGUAGGAAUGCGGUAGACGUGGUUCUUUAGGGCAGGUGUGGGUUACACAUGGGGUAGACAGCACUGCAGUGAUGCAUGUCUGCCACGCCUGGCCUCCGCACAUCCCCAGCUUUCAGGGAUACCAGAGUCAGCCUGGCGCCGCUGCUCUCCAGCUGGGCAAAAGAGGACAAGGGAGAGGAGCGAGAGGAGCGAGAGCUCUCCGAGCCUCGGGUGUCUCUUGCGAUGUCUGCUUUUAGCAUUUAAAAUCACCACUGACCCCAUUCAAAACCCCUGGACGACACAUCACAUGGGACUGUUUUCUCUCUGAAAUUAACUGUCAUCAUUUCAAAUGAGCAGCACUUUCCUAGAAUCCACCAGCUCACGCUGUGAGGGGUAAUUUAAGACUGUAGAAGGGUAGAGAUACCUAAAGCAUUACAUAUAGGACUGAAUGUGUGUGGUUUUGGCAUAUAAAGAUGGGUCAUGACAGCUGUAGUGGCAGAGUGGACAGUGAGCUAUGAUGGAAUCUGUGAUGAUGAAACUGCAGUGACCUGAUUUAUUAGUAGAGUGGCCUGUAGAAGAUGGUGGCCUACAGGAAGUAUUUACAUGUAGAUUUCGCAAACUUGACAUGGACGGUAUGAAGGCCUCACCCUCUAAAAAAAGGGGGCGGGGUGUCUGAAAUAAAAUCAGCUUGUCACCGUCUGCUCCUUGGACAGAGGUGAUCACGUACUGCUGGAGCGGGACUCCAACACCAAAAGGGAUUUGACUUGUGGUGAGGAAAGACGUCCUACGGGCCAGGGGUUUUAGUGGCCUUCCUGUGGGAUUCUAUCGUCUGAGUUAUAUUUUUCUAUUCUUCACCGACCUGCUGCUGGCAGCGCAGGUGUAACUACCAGGGUAGGACUUCUUGAGGAAGCUGUGAACCCAGAGGAACAGGAUUCACUCUGAAGACUCAGAUCCCACUGACAAGACCCACUGGCGCCGGGAAUCCACUGACACCAGGAGCCACUGACACCAGAUCCCACUGAUCGUACCCAUGGCCAUGUACCAGCAGGCAGCUGUCUCCAAUCAGCAGGACAACACCUUCUCCAGUGGGGUCAUGGAGGAGUCUGAGGUCUGCUCUGUGCCUGGGGGGCUCGCCAGCGUCAGGGCACAAUUCGAGAACCAGGAAACUGCACCAUCGCACAAUGUCUCCCAGUUCCACUUCCACCGCAGAGCUGUGCAGGAAGUGCAAUUGAACUCUGAGGUGACAAUGAGGAGCAGUUCCAGAGAAGUCAUCCCAGCCUCUCAGCAGGCUGUUUUCCACCAGGAUGAACAGGUCACACAUGAAGAAAACAACUUUACCUCCGUUUAUGACAACAAGCAUAAUGAUGAAAGAGAGGAGGAAGGUCCUAGAUUUACAACCAAGGAAUUAAGAGAUCACUUUGAGAGAACCAUUGAAGAAGCUGCCCCAAGCAAGCCAAUGAAGAUUGGCCGAGCUGACAUCAAUAGGUCUCAUUGGGCUUCAAAUAUACCCGAAAAACAAGCCUCAACAAGUGAGAUACAAAAUGUAUCAUGUGCGAUACAGAAUUUCUCAUCAAGUGAGAUACAUAAUGUCUCAUCAAGUGAUAUAUGGAAAAAUGCUGCUACUGAAGUGAUAGAGGACACAUCUGCUAUUGCAGUUGACUACGAGGACACCGAAUAUUUCCCUCCACCACCUCCAGAAGAUUUAGAGUACUUCCCACCUCCACCCCCAGACUUACUGCAGGUCCCAUCAGAAAGUCCAGAUAUGUCAGUAGAGUGCUACUUAUCACCUGAGCCCCCGGAAUCAGCUUACCCUUCUAAACGUCCACUCAGUAGACAAGAAUACUUCAGGCAGAGAAACCAGUAUGAGUUAAAGCGCCUUUACAAGCAUAUCCAUCCUGAGGUGCGUAAAAACCUAGAGAUGUAUAGUGAUGUGGCUGAGUAUGAAAACACCCAACAAGAGAGUCAGGAGGAGUUCACAGGGGAGACCAGGUAUAUAUACGAGGAUAACGGUAGCAGCCCCAACGACUGUAUUAGCCCAGAAGAAGAAUACCUGGAAUGGGACGAGAUCCUCAGAGGGGAGGUCCAAUCAAUGCGCUGGAUGUUUGAGAACAAACCUCUGGAUGCCAUCAAAGACGACGCCUCAAAUGAGGAUGACGCCCAAAACAUGGAACAGGAGAUGAUUGUUGGGAGUGAUGUAAGAAGCAAAGCAUGGAUGUUUGAGACCAAGCCCAUGGAUGCUUUGGGAUCAGACAACAUAGCUUCAACUAAAUAUAGACACAAGUUCAAUACGUUGGACAAAGGAGAUGUCCGUGCUGCAGCCUGGUUGUUUGAAAACCAACCCAUGGAGACCCUGAACAAACUGCAUGGCGAUGAAGAGCUAACCAAAGAGAUAGUGUUUACCCAGGAAGAUGGCAGCUCUACCAUACACAUGCUUGAAUCUCAGUACAUGGAAACUUUAGGCCGUACUGAGACCAUUGAUGACAGUCACCUCCUGAGUCUGAGAUCAGUGCUUGAGGAAAUAAAGGGAGAAGUGAAGACAAUCACAAGCACAUUUGAGACUCGGUUUAUGUGCGUCCUCAUGGGACAGUCAGGCCAGAUGUUGGAGAUAACAUCUAUACGCAAAGUGGAGACUGAGAAGGUGGACACUAAAACAUCGACCUGGCUUUUUGAUACCCAAGCCCUGGACAUGACUAAUAAACCCGCUGCCCCAGUGAAACUUGUGUGUAGCCUGUCCAUGGAAGACAACUACAAAGGAGAUGUUCACCGGAGUAGAUGGUUGUUUGAGACAAAGACCUUAGACUCCGUUAAUGAAGAUGAAUGGGAGAGCUCAACCCUGCAAAAGGAAGAGAUAAUUGGAGCCGAUGUUCGAAAGCAUUGCUUAGCGUUUGAAACUCAGCCAAUGAAUUCUCUGAAAGAUGAUGCAAAUGCUAGACCCCCGACUAUCGGUGGUAAUGUUAGAUCUGCAAGACACUUCUUUGAAACUAGUCCCGAGUCAGCUUUGAAGGACCUCAAUGAGGUAGGGAGCCUCAGAAAGUUAGUGGCAGCUGAAGAACAGAAGGGUGAUAUAAGACACCAAAAAUGGAUGUUUGAGAAUGAACGACUAGAGAACAUAAGAGACGAGAAGAAGGAGAUUAUUCGUACUGUGAACUUCGACAAUCUCACUGAAGAUCAAGGUACAAGCUACAAUGCAGAUGUCCGUAAGAAUUGCAUGGUAUUUGAGACCCAGGCAAUGGAUACUUUGAAAGAUGAUUCAAAUGCUAGAGCCUUGUCCAAGGCGGAAAUUGUCAGAGGUAAUGUCAGAUCAGCAAGACAUUACUUUGAAACCACUCCAGCUGACAAUGUAAAAGACCUUGCUGAGGUUGGGAAACUACAAAAAAUGGUGAGACUUGAUGAAGAGAAGGGGGAUGUGAGGCACCAGAAAUGGGUUUUCGAAAGUCAACCCCUGGAGCACAUUCAAGAGGAAAAGAAGGAAGUUAUUCGAACCAUUAACCUGGACGAAAUCGAUAAAGUGGAUGUCUCAAACUACAAGCAAAUAUUUGAAACCACAGACUUAACCAGAUGGGAUGAAUCUCAAAAGAUACUCGUGGAGGGUGUAACAUGUGGCUCUGUGAAAUCUAACAAACAUCUGUUUGAGUCUACACCAAUGUACGCCAUGCAAGACAGCUCUGGCCAUUACCAUGAGGUGAAAACAGUGCAUCGGGAAGAGGUUGUCAAGGGAGACGUAACAAGCUGCAAAUGGAUGUUUGAAACAUGCCCCAUUGACCAGUUUGAUGAAAGUAUCACUAAUUAUGAAGUUAUUAAGGGAAUAUCCAAAGAAGAAGUUGAGUCUGGUGACGUUAAAACUGCCAAGUGGCUGUUUGAAACACAGCCUCUUGAUGCAAUUAAAUACUUCAGCAAUAUUGAAGAUGAGGAAAGUACAACUAAGGAAAGUGUUGAGAUAGUAAAAGGUGAUGUUAAAACCGGUAAGUGGUUAUUCGAGACUAAACUAAUGAAUGUCCCAUAUGAGAAGGAGGAGUUGAAGAGUGAAAAUGAGAGUGAGGAGAUACGCAAAGGAGAUGUAAAAAUAUGCACAUGGUUGUUUGAGACACAGGCACUUGACACUAUCCGAGAUGAAACGGAAACUGUUCUACAAACAUGCACUGUGAAUCAAGAAGAUGUCCAGGGCAAAGAUGUACGAAUGGCUCGUUUUUUAUUUGAGACGGAGAAUCUUGAGAACAUCACAGGGGAGGAUGAGAGCUUUAAGAGGGUUACAGAGAUUGACAUUCAGUCAGGAGAUGUCAAUAGAAUGAAGUAUAUCUUUGAGAAUCAGUCCUCUGAUAUCGUGACCUCAACGUCUGAGGAGUUCAUGCAAAGGCUCAAAACUACACAAUCAGAGAACAUCCAGAAAGGAAAUGUGGUGAACUGCAAAUGGCUCUUUGAGAACCAGUCCAUAGAUGCCAUACGUGAUAUCCAAGAAGAGACUCUGGACACCCGCACUGUGACUGAUGUACAAGGAGGUAAUGUGGACAAAGGUCGUUUUAUUUUUGAGAGGUACUCCUUAGACAAAAUCCAGGAGGCUUCCUCAGAAAUAGAUAUUACAAAGUUGCAGAAAAUAACUUGUGAGGAGGAAGAGAAAGGGGAUGUGAGGAACUACACCAUGAUGUUUGAAACUCAGCCUCUUUAUGCCAUUCAAGACAAAGAGGGCCAUUAUCAUGAGGUCACCACUGUCACAAGCGAGGAGAUAUUGAAGGGUGAUGUGAUCGGGUCCCGGUGGCUGUUUGAAACCAAGCCUCUUGAUUCUAUCAGGGAUACAGAUGAGGUCUAUAUCAUCAAAUCUGUCACACAGGAGGAUGUUCAGAAAGGAGAUGUUACUUCAGCCAAGUGGAGAUUUGAAACACAGCCACUUGAUACGAUUGCAGAGGAUAUAAAAAUGUUAGUUAAAACUGUUGAAGAUAUUCAAGGAGGAGAUGUUAGAAUGAAUAAACAGCGUUUUGAAUCUGAUGAGCUGUCACAGAAGUCUGUGCGAACAGUUAAUGUGAGUGAAAUCCAGAAAGGUGAUGUCAGGACAGCAAAAUGGAUGUUCGAAACUCAAACAAUGGAUAAAAUACGUAGCCAGAGCGAAGAAAAUUUAAUAGAAACAGUCAUGAAAGAGGAGGUGUUAAGGGGAGAUGUUAGACAAUCAGUGUGGCUCUUUGAACAGAAUCCCCUUGACCAUAUAAAGGAGAUAGAUGAGGAAGAUACAGUAGUUAUUCAAGAGGAAAUCCCCAAAGCCGAUGUAAAGACAACAACAUGGCUGUUUGAAACAACUCCGUUCCAUGACUUUAAUGAGAACAGUGUUGAGAAGUCAGAAAUCCUGGGUAAAAGUAUCAAAGGAACCCUUGAAGAACUUUAUAGCCAGAAAAUCGUUAAUUCAAAAGGAGUACUCAUUGAAGCAGAUGAAAUUGGGGACGUUAGAAUGGCAAAAUACCAGCUAAUGAAUAAGGAUUCUCCAGAGAUCCAAAGAGAGGAAAUCAUCAGCGGGGAUCUGAGCAACAUUAUGAUGAAUCUUUUGAACCGUCGGAAAAGAAUUGAGAGGGGGGUAGUGGUAGAGUCAGAAGAGAAGGGUAAUAUCAGUACAACAGUGCAUCAACUGUUCAACCAAGAGAGGGGCAUCAGUGUGGAAAAGGAGGAAAUAUUAAGAGGUGACAUCCAGGAAGCUGUAAACAAUCUUCUCAAGGAGGGAGGAUCUGCUAAACGUGGUAUACUCCUUCAAGAGGAUGAGAAGGGAGAUGUGCAAAUGACUAUUUAUUCUCUUCUAAAUAAAGAAGAGGACAUCAGUGUUGAAAAAGAGGAUAUAAUCAAAGGCAAUAUAAGACAUGCACUCCAAAGACUAUCCAACCCAGAAAACCAAGAGCAGAUACGGAUAAAGGUGGAUGAGAACGAAAAGGGAAACGUGAACUUUUACUCCACAUGCAUUGAAUCUGGGGCGCUUGACUAUCUCAAACAACUCCAGGUAGAGCCAGAUGAGACUCCACCUGAAAAGGUAGAGAAAGAGGAGAUUAUUAGAGGAGAUAUAAAGGGGACAAAACUCAUUCUUGACAGUAAUCGAGCACAAAUUGAACGUACAGUAUAUGAAGAGGACAUAGUGCGCGGAGAUGUUCACAACUCAGUCAAGGUUUUCAUGACUGAACCCACACUCUCAUUGGAUGGCCUACAGAAAGAGGAAAUUGUGAGGGGCGAUUUGAAAGCCGCUAUGAACUCGCUGUCUCAGUCUGUAAAUCAGACAGUGGUUGUAGAGAAAGAGGAGGUGGUAAGAGGUAACAUACACAAAGCCCGAAGGCACCUUGAGUUGGCUCAAAGACGGCCCAAGGAGGUGGAAAAGCCAGAGAUUGUCCGCGGCAACAUCAAAGGGGCAUUGAGGUCCCUAGAGAAAUCUGCAACCUCUAAAGUUGAAGUUGUCAUCGAAGAUUUAGUACCUGGAGACAUCAAAGGUACCUUAAAAUCCCUGGAGCAGGCAAAGCAAACAGUCAGGGCGAUUGAGAAGGAAGAGAUUGUAAAGGGUAACAUUCAUACAGCAAAGCAGUGUUUACAAGAGGCUUCUAAUGACAGGAGGACAUGCCAACAGGAAAUGGAUGUUCAGGGAAAUGUGAGAGGCACUAUUGAGCUCUUAUUGGAACCACCAGCUUCUCCAAGAAUGACACGGAGACCCAGCUUCGAGGGUGAUGUGAAAAUGUCCAUUAAGUCACUCUACGAGACACAUGAGGUGCAGGAGGCAAGGGAGGAACAAACUCAACCAGAGAAAGAGGAGGUGAUAAAGGGUGAUGUUAAAGGCACAAUCAAAUCCUUGCUGGAAUCAGCUCAGCGUGCAGCUCCUAAAAUCAGAGUGGGAGCUAGAAGGGUCAAAGUUCCUGUGAGCUCUCCAUUGCGCUCACAGCAAGGAAGCCCUCUAUUACGUGCACAGCAAGGUAGCCCUGAAUGUUCUGUUGUAAACAAAACUGAGAGUGAGACACUUAAAAAUAGGUCUCAAAGCAUUGAAGCACAAAGAAACUUACGAAAGAUAAAGACGGCUAAUUCAGUCAAAACGGAGAGCUCAACUCCAGAGAAUCAAUCCCUCUCAACUCAAACCACAAUCAAUACAUCUGAAUCACAGACUACUCAACAAUCAACGGAAGUAAUACAACACACAACCAUCACUCAAAACCAUGGUAUUAAAACAUUGGAGACUAAGUUCUGUAACCUCAAUUCAAGUAGAACGGGUUUGAUCAGACUAGAUAAAACCAAAGUGAAAACAAAUGUUCGUACCCCAACACGGACAUUGUCUGAGUCUGAACUUUAUUUCCCUCCCCCACCUCCAUGUGAUGAUCAAUCAUCCCUAACCCCAGCCUCCUCUAUCAAUAGGCUGGAUUUGGACCUUCCUCCUCCCCCAACUCCUCCUCCCCCACCCCCUGUUGAGACUUAUAAUUUCCCUCCCCCACCACCACAGGAUUUCCUUCCACCCCCACCCUCACAGUAUGAACUGGACUCUAUGUCAUCCCAGACACCUCAUCAAUCACUAGCUAAAGCCACAAAAGUUACUGUCAAAAAGGUGAAAGGUCCUGCAUUGCACCAAGUGUCAAAACAUGAGCCAACCGGUCAGAUUCAGAAAAUUCAACAGGCAACCUCAGAGAAACAUACAACCAUAGCCAACAAAUCUGUGAUGGAAAUCAGCAAAACUCAAAUUGAAUCAACAUCAUUUUCAUCUCAAACAGUUUCGUCUGAAAUCCCAAAACCACCAGAAUCACCACGACAAUUAAAGAAAGUUUAUGUUGCCCCUAUAAGAUUUACACAUCCACCCUCUCCCCCUCCCUUCCUGAAAUCCACUCAAUUCAAAACUCCAUUAAUAAAGGCAGAGGAAAAGUACAGAAAACAGAAAGAGGAUAGUACAUCGCCUGCUACACUGAGUCCCAUUUUCAUGCAUGAGCCAGUAACUGCUGCCCUUGAAAUGCUCUCCUCUGAGGAGACCAGAAUGGAGCAAUCAAACAAGAGCAUGAUGUUUGGUUUCACUCAAGAGAAUGCUGAAAAGACUGUGACCAAUGUCAAGUCAGACACACUGUCAUCUGAUUUUUCCAAGCACACCCAAAUCUCAGAUACUCCUUCAAGCACAAAUUUGAUCUCUGCUGGGAAUGGGCAAAGUCUCCCUGAAUCUGCUGUUAUUUAUGCAAAUAUACAUCAUAUUGUUGCUAAUGAAACAUCCAAAGUCUCCUCCAUUCAGCACCAGACAUCUAUUUCCUCCACAAAGCAACAGACAGUUACUGCAGCUAAACAACAGGUAUCGUCAGCAUACACAGAGCAGUCACACUUUGCUGUAAGUAGCUCUCAAGUCCAGAUCUCGAACAGUGAUGCUAAAAAGGUUGAAAAUGUGAAUAAAGAUGUCAGGAAAGAUGUCAAAAACCUCAAAACCAACUCUCAAGUCCAGAUCUCGACAAGUGACGAUAAAAAGGUUGAAAAUGUGAAUAAAGAUGUCAGGAAAGAUGUCAAAAACCUCAAAACCAACUCUCAAGUCCAGAUCUCGACAAGUGACGAUAAAAAGGUUGAAAAUGUGAAUAAAGAUGUCAGGAAAGAUGUCAAAAACCUCAAAACCAACUCUCAAGUCCAGAUCUCGACAAGUGACGAUAAAAAGGUUGAAAAUGUGAAUAAAGAUGUCAAGAAAGAUGUCAAAAACCUCAAAACCAACUCUCAAGUCCAGAUCUCGACAAGUGAGGAUAAAAAGGUUGAAAAUAUGAAUAAAGAUGUCAGGAAAGAUGUCAAAAACCUCAAAACCAACUCUCAAGUCCAGAUCUCGACCAGUGACGAUAAAAAGGUUGAAAAUAUGAAUAAAGAUGUCAGGAAAGAUGUCAAAAACCUCAAAACCAACUCUCAAGUCCAGAUCUCGACAAGUGACGAUAAAAAGGUUGAAAAUAUGAAUAAAGAUGUCAGGAAAGAUGUCAAAAACCUCAAAACCAACUCUCAAGUCCAGAUCUCGACAAGUGACGAUAAAAAGGUUGAAAAUAUGAAUAAAGAUGUCAGGAAAGAUGUCAAAAACCUCAAAACCAACUCUCAAGUCCAGAUCUCGACAAGUGACGAUAAAAAGGUUGAAAAUGUGAAUAAAGAUGUCAGGAAAGAUAUCAAAAACCUCAAAACCAACUCUCAAGUCCAGAUCUCGACCAGUGAUACUAAAAAGGUUGAAAAUGUGAAUAAAGAUGUCAGGAAAGAUGUCAAAAACCUCAAAACCAACUCUCAAGUCCAGAUCUCGACCAGUGACGAUAAAAAGGUUGAAAAUGUGAAUAGAGAUGUCAGGAAAGAUGUCAAAAACCUCAAAACCAACUCUCAAGUCCAGAUCUCGACAAGUGACGAUAAAAAGGUUGAAGAUACAAAAACAGAUGCCAUGAAAGAUCUCAAAAAUCUAAAAACUAAAGAUUCCCAUAAGUCUGAGGACAAGAAGAAGAAGAAGGAUAAUUCUGCAUCCCAAGGACCCGAAAAGGUUUCUGACCAGCCUACCAAAACAGAAAAGGUAACCCAAGAAACAAUUGUCAAAGCAGCCAAAUCACCCUUGGAAGACAAAAAUAAAUAUGACAACUAUGUAUCACAAGCACCUGAGAAGGUUCCGAGUCAGUCAAUUAAAGUAGAAAAGGUAACCUCAGAAACUAAUGUCAAAAUAGUCAAAAAGAAGGCCAAAGGGAAAGAAAAGCAAGUAGAAGUAAAAGACAUGAAACAGCCAGAUGAAACUAAGAAGGAAAUAAUUUCACAGGUGAAGGAUGUAAAGGUGGAAGUGAGUGAGGUCACUAAGGUAAAGGUUUCUGGUGAGCAAACGCAUCAUGAGACUGAGGACAAAGUCAAGGUCAAGGAGGACAUUCAGAAAGCUCUUGCUGUUAAUGAUAACCAACCAGCAACUCCAACUCCCGCAAGAAAGAAGAAGAAGAAGAAGAAGAGGUCAAAAGCCAAAGAUGUGGCUACCUCUGCAGAAUCAACUAAAUCUGUUUCUGAAAGUUCCACUCAAAGUCAGGAGAUCACUGUAGUGCAGACGCACAACGCCCAUCAAGAGGAGCACAUUCAGGUACACAAGGAAGUGAUUAUCACUGAAAGCAAAGUUGAAAGCAAAGUUCAUCAAAGUAUCCAGGAACAAGGAACAGUGAAAGUCGAAAAACAAGUCAAGGCAUCGCAAAAGAAGAAAGAGGUGACCGCAAACCAGCAGAUUCAAGAGAAACCAAAGGAGGAAUACAGAAAUGUUCCAGUGAAAGUGGAAAGUGGAAAAAUGACAAGCCAGUCAGCCCAAAAGGAACCUGCGAAGCCCUCAACAGGGCGCACUGAGGAUUCUCAAAGACGAGAACAUGUCCAGAAGUUAAUCUCACAUAUAACAGAGUUAGAGGGAGCUACAGGACAAAUGGAUUCUAAAUCUGUGAAGACAUUGCUCAGUACUAUUCCAGAGUGGCUCAUUGGUCCUGAAGAAACAGUUUAUUUGGAGGGAACUGCAGUUGAACAUAAUAUACAAAAGCUUACAGAAAUUGUUUCAAAUGUGAAAAAACUAGCAAAAGCAAAGCUAAUGUGUUUAGAGGGAACCCACACUACUCUGGAGAAGCAUAAGAGUAAACCUACUUCUGAAAAGAUCAUUGUUGGUGGUGCAACUCAAAAAAUACGUAAGAUAAGUGUUGGUUCUUCGAAAGUUGAAAGUCAAAAGAAAGUUGUGGAAAGUAAAAAGACAUCACAUGAAAGCAAAAAGCAAGAGUUGAGUGUAAAAUAUAUUGAUCGUAGCGCACCCUCACCCUUACUACGGAUGCGCUCACCCUCACCCACCUUUAUUACCAUUGAAUCUACCCAGAGAACGUACUCACCUUGGAGAAUAACCCCAUCACCUAUCCCAACGCUCAGACCAGCCACUCCCCCAACGCCUCCCCCUCGCAAAUUUGAACGUCCUACAUCACACAUCAAUAGGGCUACACCCUCUCCCACCUUUCCUAGAGCAGAGAACGUGGCGUGGAUAAAAGAUACUACAGCCCAGCUUUCUUGUGGAGUGAUGCCACCUCCAGUUCCUCUUCCUAUGCAAGUCACAGAAAAUAAAUCUGACAUUGUGGAAUCCCCCGCAUCAUUCUAUCGGCAGAUCAAAAUUGAGGAACAAACUGAGGAAACUUCUGAAAUGCUAGCCAAGACAAUUGUCACUGCCAAAAAACACAAAAAAGAAUUAUAUGAAGAGGCUCAAAAGGCUGCUGUGGAGAUCACAGGUGGAAAGUCAUUCCCUAAAAUGGAUAAAGAAGACAUGGACGCUUCAGAAAUCUCAGACUCAUCAAUGGUGACUACAUCAGUGAGAGACAAGAGGGAGUUUUUUGAAGAAGCACAAAAAGCUGCAGAAAAUAAGACUUAUGUGCGAAAGGAUCCCAUUGACAUACCAGAGCGCUUGGGCCCAGACAUGGAGGAGCCCAAAACAACAAACCAAGACAGUAAGGAUGAAACACAAAGCACAUCUGAGAAAAUCACAGAGAACAGCACUGAAGUAGUGGGAUCUACAGAGUCAACCGAUAAAGAAUUGAUGGAAGCUUCAGAAAUGUCAGAGUCGUCAAUAGUGACUACAUCCGUGAGAGAUAAGAGAGAGUUUUUUGAAGAGGCACAAAAAGCUGAAACAAAUAAGACCUAUUUACGAAAAGACCCUAUUGAUGUCCUAGAGCCCUUAGGUCCAACCAUUAUAGAGCCUGAAACAGAAAACCAAGAGAGGAAGCAAGAUGUACAAAACACAACUGAGAAAAUCCCAGAGAAAAUCUCUGAAGAAGUGGGAUUUAUGUGGGAUGACCGGUGGGAGUCAGCUGCCAUAGAGGCUAUGGAAACUUCUGAAUUGUCAGACUCAUCAGCAGUGACAUCAGUAAGAGACAAGAGAGAGUUUUUUGAAGAGACUCAUAAAGCUAAAGUAAAUAAGACUUAUGUGCGAAAGGAUCCCAUUGACAUCCCCGAGCGCUUGGGCCCAGAUAUGGAGGACCUCGAACCAGAAAACCAAGGGAAUGAGAAGGAGAACCUUCCAAAGGUGGACUUGUCUGGAUUAGUCAACAAAUUUGAAACACCAGAAGAGAAAGUUUAUGUCAGAAAGCCUAUCACAAUGAGAGAAAGACGUGGGAGUGAGACGGAAUACACAAAGUCUGACAUAGAAAAUACAGAAACUCAAGAGGAGGAAAUGCUUACUUUUGACAUCAAGGCUAUUAAAAAUGUUUUUGAAAUGAGUGAGCAAAGUCCAUCUUUCAAAGACAAGAAAAAUCAACCAGAUGAGCUGGAGUCAAACCUGAGUGAAAACACCACAGCCAGUUCAAAGCAGGAGAACACCCAGGAGACACAGAGGGGCUCCGGGCAGAUUUCGCCCCUGCCUUCCCAGAUAGAAGUGCAACAAAUGUCAGCAGACCCAACAGACUCUGAAACCAAGUUAGUCACAGAGCAUUUCCUGAACUUAGGUGAAUUAGGCAACAAGACUAUUGGAUCACUGAGCAGCACAACUGUUUCCCAGCACUCAAAGAGCGUAACAACCCACCGUCCCCCCUUCUCAUAUGCUGACGUGGUAAAAAAAAAAGUUUCUCAGGUGACGCCGUCUGAAACACCUGAUGAGGCUUCCACUGAAGAGAUGCUGAGGAAUUUCCACAAAACAUGGACGGAGAGUGAGAGUGUUUUCAAGAGUCUCGGCUACAGUGUCUCGGAGGAGAGAACAUCACAUGUUGUGUCACAUCAAACGAAGACUGUUGUUACUGACUCGAGUACCCAAGUCGGAGCUUUGCACUGUAUGUCGGAGGAGGGUCUAUCCGAUGGAGGCUCUAAUAGCGGACAGAAAAAAAUUCCAUAAAUCUUGUUUCUGCUGCGAGCACUGCAGAAAUAAAUUAAGCCUUGGCAACUAUGUCUCUCUCCAUGGACAUCUGUACUGUUUACCACACUACAAACAACUUUUCAAGUCCAAAGGGAACUACGAUAAU